CUAAAAUGUCUUAGCCAAAACCCCUCGCCUCGAGUUCCCAUUUUACAGAGCAAAGAGAAACGAGGAACGAUUGCGAAGUGGAUAUGGAGAGCGGUUAUCUAACGUUCAGCACAUCCUCUUCAACCUCAAGAAAUUUCUUGAAUACCAGUUUCCCAAUUUCUCAAACCAAUCCCCAAUUUCUCCAAUCACGAAACGCAAGGACAACAAUCGGACAUGGCUGUAGAAGAAGGGAUUUGUCAGUAAAAGCAAGAAAGCAGAGCUUUUCUACAGCAAGACAGACUCUUUCCAGCAACUGGGAUGUUUUCAACUCCACCGCAGCUCCUCCUAAGCUGCCCAGAUUUGAAGAACUGGACACUACCAAUAUGCUUCUUCGCCAGAGAAUCGUCUUCUUGGGCUCUCAGGUAGAUGAUGCAACAGCAGAUCUUAUUAUAAGCCAGCUAUUACUUCUCGAUGCUGAAGACUCCACAAAGGACAUCAAAUUGUUCAUAAACUCGCCUGGUGGUUCCGUUACUGCUGGAAUGGGAAUAUAUGAUGCAAUGAAACAAUGUAAGGCUGAUGUUUCUACUAUCUGUCUGGGGAUUGCUGCAUCAAUGGGUGCAUUUCUCCUUGCGACUGGCUCGAAAGGAAAGAGGUACAUAAUGCCAAAUGCAAGGGUCAUGAUCCAUCAACCCCUCGGAUCUGCUGGUGGUAGUAUAACAGAUAUGAUGAUACGAGUACGUGAAAUGGCAUACCACAAGGUCAAGCUAAAUAAAAUACUAUCACGAGCCACAGGAAAGCCUGAGGAACAGAUUGAACUGGAUACUGAUCGUGAUAAUUUUAUGAGUGCUUGGGAGGCUUUAGAGUACGGGCUAGUUGAUGCAGUUAUCGAUGAUGGAAAACCAGGACUCGUGGCACCAAUAGCAGAAGCAACGCCUCCACCAGAACCCCGAAUUUUGGGUCCAUGGAAAGCUGAGGGCACCAAGAAAGCAAUGCAGAAUAUGCCAUCAGAGGAGAAGCUCUUGCAAAAUGGAUAUCUCAGCAAGCAAGGUAAUGGUGAAUAGAAGCAUCCACUUCGACAUGAUUGCAAACUCUUAGCCGUUCAGUUGAAAAAAAUUGUCUGACUACAUUUCUGAAUAUACAAAUUACAUAGUGCUUAAUUCCUUACUAUUCUAUAUUGAAUUGAAGGUUGUUAUUCCCCAUCAUUUUUU